GAAACUGAUCAACAAGGUCUGUGAGUCAUGGCAAAGGGUAGGGAUAUAAAAGCGAGGCUUCCUGGGUUUGUUUAUAGCGCUUAGGUUACAAACAGCAGACAGAAAAGAGCGAGCAGGCAAUUGAAAUAAGCACUUUGCGAGCGAGGUGCAUGGUCGAAAACGCAUAACGAUAUUUUGUUUUGUUCGACAUUGCAUUCGCGUUAAAUUCGGGAAACGAAACAGAAGCCAAAAUGGUUGUGAUGACAAAGAAGAUGAAGAACUUUGAGGUGGUUUUCAGCGACCCCAGCAAGACUUACUCGAGUGGAGAUAAAGUAGCGGGACGCAUUUUGGUGGAGGUAGCCGAGGUGACCAAGGUGUCGGCGGUGAGAGUCAUCGGCAUCGGAUGCGCCAAAGUGGAAUAUGCCAAGGGGAAACAGCGCUGCCGGGAGGACAUCGACUAUCUCCGCUACGAAGACACGGUCACUCUGGAUGACCAGCCAGCAGAUGCGGAUGGUUCAGUGAUACUGAGACCUGGAAAAAAAUACGAGUACAAGUUCGGGUUUGAGCUUCCACAACAAGGGCAGUUGGUCUCGUCCUACAAGGGGAAGUUUGGCAGCGUACAGUACUACGUUAAAGCAUUUCUUGAGCGUCCCAGUCAGCCGUUACUGGAAACCAGCACCAACUUUGAAGUGGUGGAGCCCAUUGACGUCAACACACCAGACUUGAUGUCACCCGCCGCUGGGACGAAAGAAAAGAAAGUGACUUGCAUGUUCAUUUCGGACGGACAGGUGUCACUCAAUGCCAGAAUCGACCGGAGAGGCUUUUGUCAAGGAGAGGAGAUCACGAUCGACGCAGACUUUGAAAACUCCUGCUCUCGCAUCGUGGUGCCCAAAGCAGCCAUCAUUGCCAAGCACACCUACCAGGCCAACGGCCGCACCAAAGUCUUCCAGCAGAAGCUGUCCUCCGUCCGGGGUAACCACAUCAUCUCCGGCAUGUGCGAAACCUGGAGGGGCAAGACCAUUCGCGUACCCAAGAUCAAGCCCUCUAUCCUGGCCUGCAACAUCAUCCGGGUGGAGUACUUCCUAAUGAUCUACGUCCACAUCCCUGGCUCUAACAAGCUGGUCCUGGAGCUGCCUCUGGUAAUCGGCACUAUCCCCUACAGUGGUUGCAGCAGCCGCACCAAUAGCAUGAGCAGCCAGGAGGGCAGCAGCGCAAACAACAGUUGGGUGUCUCUUCGCCUCCCCGAAGCACCCCCAAGUUACGGUGACGUCUCCAGAGACUGCCGCAUGGAGAGCCCUACCACGCCGCUGCUGGACGACUAUGAUGGCAGCGACAGCCCUCUGUUCAUGACAGCACCCAAGUUCCAGUUCUGUCCACCCCCAGCCUACACUGAGGUUGACGAAGAAUGCAAUGGCAACGCUUUGUAGAUUUGCUAAUAAAGGGGGUCGCUUAGCAACUUUCUACUGCGGGGUUUGCUCAACCUUCCUCAGCACUUUUCCUGGGAUUCCGACAACUAGGUGUAAAAGCACAAGUCUGGAGGUGACAGAAGGCCAGUGCCUUGGUCUUGAGAAGCAGGCUGGCUUUUUUGAGGAAUGGAGGAGAAAGAGGGCUCGGCCUGCUUGACGUCACCUGUGUGCCGACACUUCAGGCCCUGUAAAUGCAAAGAAAAAUAAGUCCAUAAACUUUUCUCAGCCAGGUCUAUUUGGUGCUUUGAAAAAAAAACGAUGCUUCUUUCGAUAAGCUGUUCUUCCUACUGAAAAAAAUGGAAACGAAAGGCCUAUAGCCGACGUUUUCUUUUUAUUUAAACAUACCAUUUCACAUCUAUUUUGUUAGUAAAGAAAUCUAGCAACAAAAUUACAUGGAAGAAUUGUAGAAUGUAGUACUGAAGGCUGAGGCAUCGGGCCCGAAGCCCCAGUCUGGAUUUAUUGGCUCUGCGCUCUGUUUGCUGCUUUCUUGGGGUUAGCUGGCCAUGCGAAUCUUUGUAGUCAUUCCAGUAAUCCUGUUUUUGCAGAGGACGUGUAGUUAAUGGCCAUGAGGGGGUAGAGAGGAGAAAUCCAGAACCGAUGGCAUAUGAGCAUUUCCUAGUCAAGAAAGCAGCAACGUUCAUUUUGUUUCUACAAGAAAAAUAAAGAUAUUUCAAUUUUGUAUUCAAUAAGAAUAUCAGCCACAUGGUUUCCUCAGGCAUCAGUCAGAGGAAUGGAGAUCUAUUACUUGGUCUUCCAAAGAGAUUGUAAAUCAGUGUUUUUCUUCCUUUUUUUUUUUACUGUAUUACAGCACUUUCUAAGAAUGCAAAUUGCUCUAUAACUGCCUGUGAGGAAAGUGAUGAAUUCCACUAUUUGUCUUCCGGAUUUUGUUACUGUUUUAAAAACAAUGUAUAAACAGAGAGCUUAAUUAUAUGUUUGAAGACGUUUCCUUGAUUGUCAGAGCAUAUCGGUUGCACACAUAAAAGAUAUGGGGCGGGGCGGGGCGGGGCGGGGGGGAUGUGAGUUAAUUCCCUCUGCCCCAGAAUACUUUUAAUAGCAAAGCAAAAUCUAAGGGAAACUAUUUAGGCAAAGUGUAAUAAAAGCCCAAACUUAAGACACUUUCAGUGCCAAAUUUGAAACUCGGUUUAAAACAGCAUUAAUUUUCUCUGACAAAUCAACAAAAAAAAUGCACCUUGUUCUGUUUGUAUUGUUUGAGAACUGCUCUCAGCACUGCGUUUUCAUUGGGUGAAUCUGAACCAAUGUUUUUUCUCAUUUGAACCUGUAAAAAAAGAGAUUUUAAAAAAUGUUUUUGUAUAUUUUUUUUUUGUAAUAUUUUGGAUAUUUUGUUUGAAAAAGAAGUAUUAUAUUUUGUAUUGUUUUUUAUAAACACUAUGGGUUAUUUUUUAUAAAUAAAAGUUUGAAAAUAAUAAAA